UGUGGAGGACAACACAAACUUUCAGGAAUCAGGAACGAAAUUAGGUCAUACGGACGGUUGUUUUAUGCGUGGGCCCACUCUAAAACAGUAUUGACAUUCCGUCUGUGAACUCUAAGGGACGCUGUUGGUCAGUGAAAAAAUAGUGUGUGUUCAGUAGAUGCUAGUUGGAGCUUCCCAUCCCUUUAACUGCGGUAGAGAGGAGAACUGAAACAGAACGACGCAUUCAGGGUAGAGCCUGACGGAGGCACUCUCGCUUCGAAACUCGUCUUCUUGUUAAAAGUGAUUUUAAAUCCAAUUGAGUGCUUUACUUUAUUUUACCAGAACGUGGGAUUCUCUUUUUAUUAUUUGGUAGAUAUCACCGUGAGUUUCGUCGAGGAAUAAUUCCAAUUGAAAUGGAGUUACGCAACAACAGGAGGAAAGGUGGCUGUUCGUGUCGGAGUCAAAGAAAUAUAAUUUUUCUAUAUUUCUGUUUCUUUCUCAACAUCGCCGUUUGCCAGAUCCGGUAUACUAUUCCCGAGGAGAUGAAAAAGGGGUCUCUUAUCGGCAACGUUGCGCAGGAUUUGGGGUUGGAUCUGAAAAGGCUUCGCUCAGGCCGAGCAAGAAUCUUGACGGGAGAAAGCCGUCAAUACGCCGAUCUGAAGACAGACAAAGGGAUUUUAGUCGUGAAUGAGAGGAUGGACCGAGAGCAGCUCUGUGGCGACGUUACACCUUGUAGCUUUAGCUUUGAAAUCAUCUUAGAAAAUCCAAUCGAACUGCAUCGUGUGAUAAUCGAAAUACUGGACGUCAAUGACAAUACUCCCGCUUUUAAAAACAGAAACAUACAUCUGGAAAUUAGUGAGAUAGCAAUUGUGGGAUCACGUUUUGAUUUAGAAAGUGCAGAUGAUCCAGAUGUAGGGCCUAACAGUUUACAAAAUUAUGUACUAUCAUCUAAUGAGAAUUUCGUUCUCAAACAGCAUUCAAACGCCGAUGGAAGCAGAUUUGCAGAUAUGAUUCUCCAGAAACCGUUAGAUAGAGAAGUAAAUCCUCAUUUAUCAUUACAACUGCUUGCAAUUGACGGCGGAACUCCGCAGAGAUCUGGUACAGUAGAAAUAGACAUUACGGUUCUAGAUGUUAAUGAUAAUGCUCCCGUAUUUAACCAGUCUGUAUACAGGGCUACAGUGAUAGAAAAUGCACCCGUUGGGACACAUAUAACAACGGUAAAUGCUUCUGACGCUGAUACUGGUUCCAAUGGAUUGGUGACUUAUUAUUUUUCUAAUUUAAAAGGAGGAUUGGCUAAUCUGUUUAAGAUUGACAGUGUGUCCGGCAAAGUAUCUGUUUCUGGUAAUAUUGAUUUUGAAAAAGAUAGAAAAUAUGAAAUAAGAGUUGGGUCAAAAGAUCAUGGUGGUUUGAAUGAUGGUAGUAAAUUAAUCGUUGAGGUAAUUGAUAUCAAUGAUAAUGCUCCAGUAAUUAAUGUGAUGUCAUUCUCGAGCCCUGUAUCAGAAGACGCCCCUCCUGGGACCACCAUAGCUGUAAUCAAUGUAAAAGAUUCUGAUUCAGAGAAAAAUGGACAGAUAACAUGUUCAAUUGAUUCUAAACUCCCGUUUAAAAUACAGUCUUCAUUAACUAAUUAUUACAACCUGCUCUCAGAUGUAGUUUUUGACCGUGAAACGAGGUCAGAAUACAACAUAACCAUCACCGCGACAGAUUCAGGGUCUCCGCCCUUAUCCAGUGCAACAACUUUAAGGCUAGUUAUUUCUGAUGUGAACGACAAUGCACCAAUAUUUACUAAAAAGAGCUAUUCAGCUCAUGUUGUGGAGAACAAUGAGCCAGGGGUCUCCAUAUUCACUGUCAGUGCUCGAGACGUUGACUGGAAUCAGAAUGCCAGAGUGUCGUAUCUUCUGGAGGACAUGCAGGUCAGUGGUAGUCCAGCCUCUACUCAUGUUUCUAUCAACUCUGAAACUGGAGUUCUGUAUGCAGCGCGCUCUUUUGACUAUGAACAAAUUAAAGCACUGCAGCUAGUUGUUAAAGCUCAAGAUGGAGGCUCUCCUCCCCUCAGUAGUAAUGUGAGUGUGAAAAUACUGAUCCAGGACCAGAACGACAACGCCCCUCAGGUUCUGUAUCCAGUCCAGACUGGUGGUUCUCUGGUGGCUGAAAUGGUGCCUCGUUCAGUAGAUGUGGGCUAUCUGGUCACUAAAGUGGUGGCUGUUGAUGUGGACUCUGGACAGAAUGCCUGGCUCUCCUAUAAACUACAGAAAGCCACAGACAGGGUGCUGUUUGAAGUGGGAUUACAGAAUGGAGAAAUAAGAACUAUCCGCCAAGUCACUGAUAAAGAUGCUGUGAAACAAAGACUGACUGUUAUAGUGGAGGACAACGGACAGCCCUCUCGUUCAGCUACAGUCAUUGUUAACGUGGCGGUGGCGGACAGCUUCCCUGAAGUGCUCUCGGAGUUCACUGACUUUACACACGACAAGGAGUACAAUGACAACCUGACUUUUUACUUGGUCUUGGCUUUGGCUGUGGUUUCCUUUCUCUUCAUCACGUGUUUAGUGGUGAUCAUAUCAGUGAAAAUCUACAGAUGGAGACAGUCUCGUAUCCUGUAUCAUUCCAGUCUCCCGGUGAUCCCAUAUUAUCCACCACGGUACUCAGACACUUUGGGGACAGGGACUCUCCAGCACGUGUACAAUUACGAGGUGUGCAGGACCACUGACUCCAGAAAGAGUGACUGUAAGGUCGGCAACGCUGGUAGUCAGAACGUUCUGAUAAUGGACCCCAGUUCUACAGGGACCAUGCAGCGAAUACAGAGUGAAAAGAGCAUCCUGGAUGAACCAGACUCUCCACUGGAGGUGAGUUCUACCAGAUGGGGUUGUACAUGCAUGUUUAUAUUUAGCUUGCUAGAUUUGUUCAGCACCCCCAGAAAUGACAGUUCCCCUGAAGAUGAGAGCAGACUCAAAACUGACAGAAAACUAAGUGGCAUCCACUUAGAGCUUAUUUCAGACUGUGCCAAGGAGCAUUCUGGAGUGAAUCACAAUUGAAG